GAAAUCAGUUCCGGCGGGCCAAUCGCAACGUGGCAGCCUCAGGCACCGCGGCAGUCAGGAGAACUGCGACCAAAUUUCGCACGGCGGUUCAGUGCAAGGAAAGACACGUCAGACCCCCCUUGACUCGCGACAAGCUGAGGACACUGGGCCCGUCGCAAGUGCAUCCUGAUAGCCAGACGCUUCUUUCGAUUGGUCACAUCCUGCAGCGUGACCGGUCGCAUCCAGGUUUGAGUUGGGCUCCGGGCAUUCUUCUGGAAGACACUUUUCAGGCCUCGGAACCUUGCAAGGGUUGCGUUCGCCUCCGCGCCCAAUUCUCGGUUUAUUUGUAUCGCCCUCUCACCCGCUUCUGUCCGAGCAUGGAGUGAACCAGGAUGCCCCCCAGCUCCAAGUCCCGUCGCGUGCCGCCCGCGGCCUCCGCCUCAGCCGCAAGUGACGCACAGAAAGGCAGAAAGAACGUGGGCACCGCGUGUUCCGCUUGCAAAGCUCGCAAGCUCAAGUGUACCGGAGCGCCUCCCUGCGCAAACUGCGUUAAAAGCCGCAUCGAAUGUACCCUGGACGAGACCGCCGAUAGACGCCGACGGGGCGUCUUGAAACGCAAGAUUGAUAAGUUGGAGGACCAGGAGGAUUUGCUGGGUCGUCUGCUCGAGUUUUUCAGAGAGGGCAAUAACCGUUGCACGAUUCGCCUCUUAAAUCUCAUCCGCAGCCAUGCCUCGCCACCCGAGAUCCGUUUCUAUAUCGAACACCAACUACCGCUAUCGAAACGUACGCAGACCCCCGAGCUAGUCGAGGUAUGCAGGGAAAUCGAACAACGCCACUCUUUUGAGCCGCUACCUAAGCGUCGCAUCCUUGAUACCACUCCUAAUGGAUGCCAUGUUACACCACGAUUAUCCGUCCCCGCGCAGCCGUGGACCUCGAUCAUUACCGACGAUGACCUGGUAUCCCGCUUGAUCUUUUUAUGGUUUACUUGGGUUCACCCGUUUUGCAACUUCAUUGACCGCGAUCUCUUCAUCCGAGACAUGAAGUCUGGUUCGCUCUCAGCAUCAUACUGCUCCCCGUUGUUGGUGAACAUCAUACUUUCCGACGCAUGUGCCUACUCGGAGCACUCUGCGUCUGGGCUCCCAGACGAUCUAGCCUCCAAACGGAUCGAGUUUUACGAGGAGGCUAAGCGACUGCUUGAUAAGGAAGAGGGCCGCAUCAGCUUGCCAACUGCCCAGGGUCUAGGAGUAUUAUGGAUGUGCGCAUCUAUCACCGGCCGUGACAGACAGGCGUGGAUUAAUGGUACGCAGCUUGCAUAUUCACUCCGCGAGCUAUCACAAGUGUCUUGUAACCUCCCGUCGGGGGCCAAUCGGGAUGCAACUUCCCUUGCCACAAUUGUUAACAACACCAACUGGGGUUUGUUCAACGUCGCCAUGGUUCACGCUCUAUUUGCGAGGAAACGCCCUAUCAUCGGACCGCCCGCCCAACCUCCGUCUGUCAGCAACCAAUGCGACCACGAUAUGUGGUAUUCAUAUCCAAACAAAUCGACUGGUGUCGAGUCACACACAUCCUGCCUAUUCACGGCAGCUUGUAACUUAAACCGAAUCGCUUACAACCUCGGGAGAUUUCUGUUCUCCCAAGAGAAAACAUCUUCGGCUCGUCUCGAUCUAACGGAUGGGGAGCUUGACGCACUACAGGAUUUAAACGAAUGGGCCGACCAGCUACCGGAAUGUCUAAAAGAAAGCAUUGACGAUCUCCCUCAUGUUCUCUCUUUGCACAUGUAUAACCACGCCAUCUUAACUGUAGUCUACGGAUCUCUAAGAACUCGGCCCUUAUACCUGGCGAAUCCAUCAGCCUUGACCCCCACUGUCCGUGACGCUCUCAUGUCUCCUGCUCGUGCCUGGGCUGCAAGUCUUUCAUCGGCUCGCAAGAUUGCCCAUUUGACACUUGUCCAUCGCGCGAAUUGGGGAUCCGACCGCAUGCCGGGGGCCACCGUGCACUGUAUCAUGGCUGCCCUGUUCGCUCUACUUGACAGCCUGGACGACCCGGCCACCCGCGACGCAUUCAUUUCACUCACAGCAGCGGCCGCCGCGUUUUCACGUCGGUGGGAAAGCCCCAAAGCCCUCCUGCGCAACAUCCAGAACAUCGCGCGGCAACGGGACGUUACCCUCCCUACGGAAACAGGCGCUUUCUUCUUGGAUCCAGACAAACCCUCGGGGAACAGCACUCCCAUAAAAUCCGAAACCCCCGAGGGUACAGCAAUUUCAUGAUACCCAUGCGGCCAUCGUUAUGAAUUUAGCAGCAUUUUGGAGUUUGGGUUGGUAUCCGGUUUAUAUACAUGGAUUGACGGCCCUGGGUUGUAAUUUA